AAAACAAAGACAACUAAGGUCAGGGCGUGACAUAGUGUGACUGAAAAGGCAGGUUCUCCACAAGCAAGAUCUGUUCUUCAGCAGUGUCUCUAUGCAAUGCUUCAAGUCAAACGUGCAGAUGAUCAAUCUGAUGCUGAAUGGGUGGAGAUUGACAGAGGGAUGGUAUAUAUCUGCUUUUUCAAAUGUACUACAGAGGACAUUAUCCCCAAAAUGGCGAACACUCUGUGUGAGGCUGACUCUGGGAAGUAUGUGUCAGUGCUGGACCUGCCUGGGAGCGUUCUCAUCGUGCCUCAGGCUACACUGGGAGGCAAGGCCAAAGGGAAGGGCAUGCAGUACCACAAUAACAUUGGGAAAGAAGAGGGCCUGCAGCUGUAUUCUAACUUUGUCUCCUUCUUUGAGGAACUGGCUUUGUCCAGUAAGAGUAGUAAGAUUGCAACCAACAUCAAACAUGGAACUUAUGGGAACAGACAAGUGCUGAAGCUGGAUACCAACGGACCAUGCACACACCUGAUGGAGUUUUGAAACUUCCAAUACUAAUUACAUUUCACAUUGAAUGACCAAUUGCACUCUUGUCCCUAAAAUGGUGGUACUGUAUGCGUAGCUGCCAAUAGUUUUUAUUAGAAUUUGUGUGUUUGUGUCAUGUUCUUUGGUGAAAUUAUACAAAUGUAAUAGGAUAAUGAAGUCAAAAGAAAGUCUGAACUCAACUGAAAUAUUUGUUUUGACAUCCUUGUUGCAAUUUGUGAAUUGGUUUAUAAAUGGCAACUUGUGACA